UGACGAAGUAACUACUUCGACCCUAAGGGUGUAGACGAUGUAUUUUCUAGCUUCUUUAAAGAUCUUUUCCUCAUCCGCGCAACGCCCCUUUUUUGUCAGACUUUUUCUAGCUCUUACAUUGAGAUGUCGUCGCAAAAUUUCUCUCGCGGUUCGAGGAACCCACGUGCCGAACACGUUCGCGUCGACUGGUUAACAAACGGGCGAUUUCGUGAUGCAGAUAGUUGGAACAAUUCUCGCGUGUUUUUUGAUCCCAACGCUGAUCGUUUUGUUCCAAAUGGCACAGAGAGAUUUGAUCGCCCCGUCUUUCGUGAAAGAUCACCCUUGAGACGCCCACGUUACGAAGAUCCGUACGUCCAUUAUUUAGACGAGGGCGAAAUUCGGGGCCAACCGGCAGUUCAAGAUUCUUACGUUCGUGAUCAAGCCGUUUAUCCGUACGGCGCUUAUUUCGAGUGUGAACACGAUCCCCGGUCUUACCCGACCCAUAGUGAAUUCGAACCGGAGGAUGAGUACUAUAGUGAUCAAAGAGAAGACGAAUGGGCAGAGUACGAAGACGACGGUGGGGAGAUUGAUCGUGGUCGCCCUUGGCGGCCGCAGAAUAGCGUUCGUUUUGUCACAGAAGAUCCGCCGUUACCCGCCGAGAAAAGAGGGGCAGUGAGCGGGUUACCGACCGUUUCAGAUGGGGGUCAAGCAAAAGCAGGCGACGCAGGUCCGUCUGGCUUUCCGUUGACCUUUGAGGUCCCUGAUUUUUCUCUUAUGCCUCCCAAGCUAGACGCGUGGAUGAGCCGUCGCUCAAAAGAUAGAGGCGUACUGAAGAUCGUUAAUGCAAAAGAAGAAGCACUGGUCAGGACCCAGUUAAAAAUUAUGGACAUCGGUCCUCCAUUGAUUGACCUUUACUCUAAGCUGUCUGCGGUUGAGGAGGCCGAGACGUCCGGUUUGCGUCGCUCGGUGCAGGCGGCGCUAAAACAGUGGGGUCGGGCAUUUGUUCACGUUUCAAAAAAGCGUCGUGAGUCGAUCGUGAAUAUAACAGACCCAAGAAUUGAAUAUCUCCUGAGGGACGACAGCUGCUUUGCAGCCGGGAAGGAGGCCCGCGAGCUCCUUUUCACCGGCCGUUUUCUGGAGCGGAUGUUGACGGAAGCAAGUCAGGAUGAAACUCUGGCUAGGCGCGACAAAGCGGCAGCAGCCGCAGAUCGCAGAAACCCAGUUCGGUCGACGCGGCGUGACCAACAUUUACCACCACCGGCACGCCAGGCAUUUUAUGGCGAGCGUCAACAAAGUGUUCGUGGCAGUAGACCGAGAGGACGGAGGGGUUUUGGAGAUUCCAGAGGCGGUCGCGGACGCGGGAAUCUCAACCCAAGAAGUCUGGCCGGCGCAGCCAUGGUUUCCUGUCCUUCUGGAACUAACAUGCGACGUGCCGAUACUCCUCCACGCAUCCCAGGAUCUGUUGGUUUCGGCAACCGGAGCUGCUCACCCGCUUUUGCAAACCGGAUCGUUGCAGUUAGCCGCAUGGAAGUUAUCCGGCGAGACUUCCGACGGGAAGGCUUUUCGGAACCUUUGGUCAACCUACUCGUGGCUGGGAACCGCAGCUCUACACUCUCGACUUACGAGUCGGCCUGGAGGAACUGGAUCGAUUGGUGUUUUCGACGGAACGAAAAUUCCUUAUCGGUCCCUUUAAAAUCGGUUUUGGAAUUUCUUACGGGGUUGCAUCGGGACGGGAAGUCAUACAAUUCAGUUAACGUCCAUCGAUCGAUGUUGUCCAAAACUCUCCCAGCCGUCGACGGGCACCCAGUUGGGACCCACCCCUUAGUUAAAAAUCUCCUUAAUGGUUGUUAUAAUUUGAACCCCCCCAAACCAAAGUACAAUUGUUCAUGGGACCCAAGCAUCGUCAUUCAAUUCAUGGCCCAGCUGGGUAAAAACGAAUCUAUUUCCUUUCCAUCUUUGACAAGAAAAACGGCGACGUUACUCGCCUUGGCAUCGUUGCUCCGCGUAUCAGAGCUAGCAGCCAUCAAUUUUCAGUCUAUAAAUUUUUCGGAAGAAAGCGUAAAGUUUAGUUUACUUAAGCCUAGAAAGGCGCAGCACAGCGGGCCCUUACAAACCAUCUCUAUUCCGGCUAUCCCUGAAGAGGAUUGCUGUCCGGUUCAUGCCCUAAAGGCCUACGUCAAGCUAACAGGCCCAUUCAGGGGCAAUUCAAACAUUAAUCAGCUAUUCAUAUCGGUCAUUUCACCACACGGCGGUGUGACGGCCAACACCAUAAGCAGAUGGAUCCGAAUUACUCUUAAGGAAUCGGGUGUGGACACAUCGGUGUUCAGCGCUCAUUCCACAAGGGGAGCAGCUGCGUCAAAGGCCUCCGCAGCCGGCAUUUCAAUUGAUGAAAUUUUAAAAGCGGGUCAUUGGAAAACGGAAUCCACUUUCAGUAGAUUCUACAAACGAACCAUGGAGCCUUCGAUUGUUCCGGCAGUGUUCCAACUCGAUGGCCAGACGGGGAGCGUGCAAUAAUCAAGAAUAGAAAAGUUCGCCAAUCCCACUACUGUACUGAAAGUUUAUACCCGUGUUUGGAGCCUUUUUCCGGAACGCCCGGUUUUUUUGCCACAACAGCAUCUUCCACACUUUC